AUGAUAGCAUUAUACAACGGAUAUUUGAUAAAAGAAGCUCAACAAUAUUGUGACUCAGAUAAAAAAAGAAGUACGCCUAGUAUUGAAAAGGGAAAACAACUAGAGAUUAUUAUUGAAAUUGAAGAUAUUUUGACUAUAAAACUUGUUUUCACACUAGAAACAGAAUUGUCUAUAAUGGAUGCUUGUGAAUUUGAUAUACUAGAAAUUGAUAGUUAUUGCACUAAUCCUAACUACCCAAUGGAUAUGGAAAGUUCUUUUAAUUCAAUCACUAAUUCUAAACCUAUUGAGUUGGCGCCUGAUACACGUGAAAUCAAAUUGGUAGAAGAUCAAGAUUAUAUAAAAGAUGUAUUAAUAAUUAUGAAUCAAUUAUCUGUUAGAAGUUUAGAAUUUGGCGAUGUUAUAUGGAUGGCUAAAGGAUAUGGAUCGACAACGCAAAAUGAUUAG